AUGGUACUCUCCGAAGACGAGUCGCAAUUCUUCUUGAUAAAUAGUCUGAUAGACGACGUCAACUUACACACUCCUUUGACAUCAUUAUCAGACUUCGACAUUAACCAGAUCCUCUCACACUCUUCGAGCUCGCGUUAA